AUCUACUGCACCGAACGUGUCCUGCCUGUUAGGCGAAGGGCUGUCUUGCUACCGUAUAGUUUGCUGAACUGGGCCGCGCCCCGUGCGGCCCUCAGGCCAAGCGUCUACGCCGACUGUAGAGCGGAACUUGUGGAGGAGCUCCCGCCAGGGUCACGAGGCAUUUGUCCACGAGACCGAAACGAGGAGGUCCAUUUGUGGGACUGGCCGCCCGCACGGCCAGCUCGUUGGGUCCCCUGCGAUGGAGGAGCAAACAUACAGUCUCGACCAGUUCGCGCCCCAUCAACAGCCACCCGCAGCAUGCUCAGCCCUCACAACGCUCAGCCCCCACCUCGCGGCCCGACGCCCCGCCGCGCCGGCGGCCGCCCCCGCCACCCCCGCCGGCCCCGCCUGGGGCGAGCUGCCGUCUGACGCCCUUGCGGUGAUCAUCAACGACUGCGGCCUGGCCCAGUCUGACGUGGCGGCUGUGCGCCUGACCUGCCGCCACUGGCGCCACACCAGCUGCUGCUGGCUGCAGUCGCUGUCGCCCGCCUGCGCCUCGCUGGAGCAGGUGGCGGACAUAGCCGCCCGCUUCCCCUACCUCACAUCAGUGGACCUCACCCGCUGCGACACCAGGCUGGUGGGCCACGCCUGCCUGUGCCGUGACGCCUCCAGCCGCCUGGCCGCGCUGCUGGCGGCUCUGGCGGCCAUGCCCUCGCUCACGGCCCUGACGCUGUCCGACACCUUCAGCGAGCGCAUGGGGCAGAAGUACUGGGCGGCCAGUGUGUGUGCACAGGCGCUUCUGGACCACAGCGAUGGCGUGCCCGCGGCCGGACCGGCACCAGGCGGGGAGGGGCAGGGGCAGGCGGCGGCUGGCCCAGGCACCGCCAGUGCCCCACACCAGCAUCAACACCAGCACCACCAGCACCACCAGCACAACCUGCCGCCGCCGCUGCCUCAGCCGCCUCAUCACGGCAACCGCUCCUCUGCCGCGGCGGCCGGCGGCCCCGCCGCGACGGCCAUGCCCCCCGCCACUCCGCCGCGGGCCUCCCAACCUGCGGCAGCCGAGGGCUCUGUGUUGCCCCCGACCCCGACGUCACAAGCCGCAGCUAACACACAUGCUGCUGCGGCUACAGCGGCUGCGGCUGCCGGCGCCGACGCUAGCACGUCCGAGCCCGUGCACACAGACUUGCUGGGCGCCGGGGCGCUGUCGGAGCCGCUGCAGCGGCAGCCCAGGCAGCAGCAGGGGCACGACCCGGGCCAGGACCGAGCGCAUGAGCGGCAGGAGCCGUCGGAGCACGGGCGGCAGCAGGAGCCGGAGGAGGAAGGAGAGCAGCUCUCGGGGAGCCCACAUGCGCAUUCACAGCCACACCUACAGCAGCAGGACCAGGCGGCAGUGCCGGGCACGCCCGCACCCGCCACGCCGGGCCCCGCCACGCCGCAGCAGGUGCCGGCGGCAUCGCCAGCUGACGCCGCCGUCUCGACUGCCUCACCCACCCCUUCGACCCCUCCUGCUGCUGCUGCUGACCACCCCAUGACCACGACCUCUAGCAGCACCCCCACCCGCAGCACCCCCCCUUCUGACCCGGACCUUCUGCUGACGGAGCUGAUGAACGACCCCGGCAUCAAGUCCUUUGCGCGCGCCAUCGCCCGACCCGGAGCCACACACCAACACGCCUUCUGGCUGCCCGACUGGUUCGGCCCGCUGGCCAGCCUGCGCGAGGUGGCGGUGCGCGGGCGGCAGCGCCCCGCCUCCGGCCUGCCGCCCUGCCUGCUGUGGCUGCACGCCGGCCGCACGGCGCCGCAGCUGACCCGCCUCAGCCUGACGCGGCUGGGUCUGGCCACACUGCCCGAGCAGCUCAGGCACCUCACAGCACUCACACGACUGGUGGCGCAGGACUGCUCGUUGUCGUUGAUGCCCAGGGGCAUUGCGGCGGGGCUGUCGCGGCUGCAGCACCUGGACCUGUCGCUCAACGGCCUGACGUCACUGCCCGCGGACUUCACCUGUAUGACCGCCCUCGAGCACCUGGACCUGCAGCGCAACAAGCUGGCCGCGCUGCCCGCCGACCUGGGCCGCCUCACGCGGUUGACCUGCCUGCUGCUGUGCAACAACCAGCUGCGGCAGCUGCCCACCAGCCUCAGCGGCCUGGCGGGGGUGCAGCACCUGGCGGCCUCCUACAACUGGCUGGGCGGCAUGGCUGCGUCGCUGCCGCUACUGUGCGGGCUGCCGCGGCUGAGGCGGCUGGAGCUGGCGUGUGUGAGCGACGUGCGCUGCAGGCUGGUGCCGCCGCAGGAGCUGCAGCUGCUGGCGGGCGCCCUGACGCACCUGGACCUGGCCGCCAACAACCUGGUGCCGGCAGACGUGCUGGGCACGCUGACCUCUCUGCGCACGCUGGUGCUGAGCGACUGCGGGCUGCUGGCUGUGCCGCCCUGGGUGCGGCGCCUGGCCCCCUGCCUGUCCCACCUGGACCUGUCCACCAACUCGCUCAGCGAGCUGCCGCCCUGGCUGCCCGCCUGCGGCCGCCUGCGCUUCCUGUCCAUUGCGCACAACCGCCUGUCGCUGAGGGUGCCGCCCAGCGUGCUGGAGCAGAUGCCGCAGCUGCGUGUGGUCGAGUCCGAGUAGCGCCCCCACCCCCACCCCCCACUCGCCAGUGGCCGCGUGACGUAUGGCGCACUGGUGGUGACCCAUUGCCCGAGUGUCUGACAGUGACAGUGACAGUGACAUACAGCAGUCUGGCGACUGUCGGUGCACCGGCACUCUCUGUGAGUCAGGCGGCUGGCGAGUGGUAAGAUGAUCUGCACUUCUGUGUUGCAGAAGCACAAGGUGUAGCUAGCAGCGGUGUAUUUGUGUGUGAAAGUGCAGGGCAGUGCAUGGAGGUGUGUGGCCAACUUUCUUCACUCAACGCGAGGGGUUCCAUCAGUUGAGUGGCCAUUUAUCUCUGGAAUGGAGUUGGAUAUAGUAGUGCUCACCGACAUUGACAUCAUUGCAAGCAGGGCCAACAGGGCCAGUGAGCCCGGCAGGACGGAUGAGAAUGAUAAAGGUGGCUGCAGGGCUUCGGAACUUUGGGACUCAAGUGCGGCAGGCAGGCAGGCAGCAGGCAGGAGCUCGCGGUCCGUGGGGGCCAAUGCCGCCAGGGCUUGCCCCAUUAGUGCGGGUGCAUCGGGUGACCCAGAUUUGGUACUGCAGGAUGUGUGGGCCCGUCAUACUUAAGAGCUGCAUCUGAGGAGCAGGCGGAACCUGUUGUCGCAACGUGUUGGGUUGUGUGGGUGUGACAGUAUUACGGUACUGAUGCAAGGCCGUUGCAUAUUAUAGGUCACAGAGAUGUUGGUCUGGCAACUCAGUUUUAUGCUGCGGUUUGUCCUGUUUGCCACUGGUUCCAUCUGCACCGACUUCCCUUGCAAGGCGUGUAGGGUGCAGGCCUGCAGGGGUGUAGCCGCGCAUGUCAAAUGCAAGUUAUCAAUUAAGGCGCACCCGUAGUUAGCAAGGUGUUUGCCGGGGUCUUGUGAGGUAGGUGGUGUGGCCUGCCGCGUAUUGCGUAGAGAGCGACUUUCACGGCCCAUCGGCCCGUGACGGCUCUGUCUGAAGCGGGGCCGGCGCCUGCUCAGUCUGGAUGGUGCGUGGCCGCUCCGUGCGGGUGGGGCGCGGCGCCUGGACGAGGGGGGGGGGGUGGGCGAGGACCUGGUGAACCCCGAGACCAGGAGAAGAUGCGAAGGCCGCGGACAUGUAGGAGUACGCGUUCCGUCACCGUUAACAGUAGCGGCAGGCAAGGCAUUUGCAUGAUGGGUGGAGUGGUGGACGGUUUGGGUUCCGGUUGGACGGUUGGACAGCAAAGGCACAGCAGGCUUGCGCUGAUGACAAGUGUUCCCCAGUCACGCGGUGGUCUUUUGCCUGGUGUAGUCCAGUAUGGCUUUCCUCAUAAAUCUGCGCCUCGGGCUCUUUACCUCGCAACGAGUCGCCACAGUCGCAGUCAAUGAUGUUCUGAAAAUUUUGGGGGGGAUAGGAAACAAAGUGCCAG